GUCACGUGACGGGCUCCCAAGCCGAGUUUCCACGACAGCUGGAAGCCGAAGCGGCAACGGGGCGCAUCGCUUCUUCUCAAAAGAAUCGGGACGAGGGUGGAGGAGGGGGCCGGGGGGGGGGGGACAAACAGGCUUCUGCUCGUCUCGGCAACCCCUUCCAGAGACACCCUGGUCUGGCAUGGGCGACAAGAGGAGUCCCACAAGGCCGAAGCGUCAACCGAAGCCCUCCUCCGACGAGGGGUUUUGGGACUGCAGCGUGUGCACGUACAAGAACACGGCGGAGGCUUUCAAGUGCAUGAUGUGUGAUGUCAGGAAAGGGACAUCAACAAGGAAGCCACGCCCAGUCUCCCAGCUCGUCUCGCAGCAGCAGGCCACUCAGCAGUUCGUGUUACCCCCGCAGCCCAAGAAAGAGAAGAAGGAGCGCGUCGAGCGGGAGAAGAGCGAUAAGGAGCCGCCGCCGGCGCUCAAGAAGAACGGUCACAAAAAGAUGAGGCCCAGAUUAAAAAACAUUGACCGUAGCAGCGCCCAGCACCUGGAGGUGACGGUGGGCGACCUGACGGUCAUCAUCACAGACUUUAAGGAGAAGGCCAGGCCCUCGUCCACCUCGGCGUCAUCCUCGAGCGCCGCGUCAUCCGCCGCCGACCACCACAGCCAGAACGGCUCCAGCUCGGAAAACGCCGAGAAGGGGCUCUCGCGCUCGUCCUCGCCUCGGGGAGAGGGCGGCUCGGUUAAUGGGGAGUCCCAUUGAGCCCCCCCCCCCCCCCCCCCCCCGCCCUUUCCUCCCAUCCCCUGCCCCGACCCGGCUGACUUUCUGUAAUUGCUUUUCAAGUGGGAACUCGGAGCCUUUGUCAAGGCACAGACCCAUCAGGAGUCGAAUCAGUCACCUCCGUGAUUUCCAAAGUUUUCCGCGCCACGGGAAGCUUUUCAUUUGGACGAUUUUCGCGGCGCUUGAGAGAAUCAUCCCACGAAUUGUGCGAAGCUUCCGUACAGACAGCUCAGAUUUUACAACAGCCUUUUUUCGGGACUGUGAUGACACGCUCAGACACGCUAUAAACAGUGAAGAAGUGCUCCGGUGAUACAUUAGCUAUUUUUUUUUGGGGGGGGGGGGCAUCCAGUGCCCAUCUGUCAAACCCAGCAAACUCAAGCCCAGAAACUUUUUUUGGGGGGGGGGGGUAUUAAAGACCACAUUUAAUUUAGGGAUGGUUUAGCAUAUUCUUAAGGGUCAUACCAGUGAUUUUUUUUUUGUUCUUGUUUGAGUGAUGGAGAUUUGAAGCUAAUUGGACGACGUUGGAUUUGUUGUCCUCAAAUGCUAUUUUCAGGAAUGAAUUCAGUUGCGUCAUCUCACCGGGUUCAAACAAGUCGGGCUUGGAAGUAACUCAGGAUUGACACCCACCGAAAUAGACAUCUCUGCACCUCCUGGGCAGAUCAGGUUUCAGACGCGGUGAAAAAGAUUACACGCCAUUUGAGAAAGGAACAUUUUGGCUGGUCAAAGUGAGCAUUGUUUUGGGCGGGGGGGGGGGGGGGGUUCCUCACCCUUUGGAGUAAAAUCGCCGCCGCACAAAAGGCAAAUCCCGCGCCACGAGCCAAGACGCCGCUUGGAUGCGGUUCUGUGGACCUCGUCGUGGCAAAGGCGCCACAUAACACACGGAAGACUUCAGGACAUUUAUUUGCCAGGCAGAUGAUAGCUCGAUGUGGGACGAAUUUCAACAAGGGUUUAUGCUCCAUCAUUUUCAUGUAGCCAACUGGGGGGAGGCUUUAAAUGUACUAAACUCCCGGACGAGCAAUGAUUAGUUAUUGUAUGCGUCUACAGUACAAACUUUUAGAGUCGCACAGAUUAAUGGAUAUUUAUGAUAUAUUGUACUAGCAUACCAUGUUUUGAUGUGGCUGUUUGUGUCAUAUCAGUGUUAUUGUCAUUUUUGUUUGUUUGUUUUCCCAUUUGAAGCGUCGAUUCAACUGUCACAGCAUGAUAAAAUGUGUUCGAACGUGGGACAAGUUGGUAUUGUUUAGAGCUAAGGUUCAAAACACUAGCUGGGACUAUGUGUGUGGGCCCGUUUAGAAAUGUGUUACUUGGUUGUGGCAACAAUGGAUUUUUUUUGGGGGGGGGGGGCAGCGAGGUAUGUUUUUUGUUGAUACAUCUUUUGCUUUGCUCGGUUGUUAUGAAGUGUGUGUUAAUUACAUGUCUGUCAGAGUAACAAAACGCAAACAAAAAAAAACACUAUUAGAUGCAGUUUUACUUUUGAUUUAUUCAAUUAAAUUGCCUUGAUUACAUGCCAAACCAAGACCGCAUUUUGCUGUACUGUACCGUUUGUACGACUAUAGAUUUUUUUUUCACCCUUUAGCCCCACCUGGUGAAUCGUUUAGUAAAUACUGUACUGCUUAAUAUAUGUGGGAUAACAAAGCCCUCCACCCUCCCCUGCCAGUAGAAAUACAGAAAUAAUGCAUACUGCAGUUGAAUACCACCUAUUGAUUAGCAGACAUUCUAAAUGUCAAUAAACAAGCUCAUUUU